CAAUUGUUCAUCUUUGGUCGACAGUUUGCUAAUUUGCAUUACUGUAAUCCAUUUACUUUUGUACCAGCCAUGGACUUUUCAAGACUUUGCAAGGAUUACUUUAACAUGCAAGGUAUUUAUAGUUUUUUUGUGAUUAAAAAUCCGAAUGUUAUAUUAAUAAGUGUAAAUUAUUCAAACAAUCGUUCUUUAAAUACCAAAAUUAAAUAUUGUAAUAAAUUCACUUAAACGGGGCUAAAUAGAAUGUUUGCUAAUUGGUCAGUCAGUACCAAGUUGAAUUUGAAAUGACCAAUCCAAUCUCCUUUCAAAAUGUAAUCACGACGUCACCUGUGCGGAUUAAUGAAAAAAAAUUCUACUCUUUUCAUUAAAUGUUUAAAGAAAUUUUUUUUUUUUUUUUUUUUUUUUUUUUUUUUUUGCAGCUGAGCCCAAUCUUGACCGGCUCAAACUGUCCAUUGAUGGUGACGUCACCUGGACCAACGAAACACCUCAGGCGGCAUCCCAAGAAGCUACGUCGAGACAGGUCAGUUAUUUUUAUUGGACGUUGGGGCAUUCACCCAUUCGCCUUCUUCAUUGUAAGAAAAUUGAUAUUUCAUGAUUUUUCAUUCAAUUUUAUCUUGAUACGUUUAAUAAAUAAUCCUUAUUUAAUUAUUUAUUAUUUUUUUAAACCAAUUUUUUGUUAAAUUUCUUUAUUUGUAUCUGUUUAUUUUAUAUUAUUUUUAUUUUAACAUGUUUAAUAAUAAAUAAUAAAGCUAUUUUAGUUAUUUCUUUUUCGACAAUGCCGCAUCUAACAUAGGCGCCCGCGGGCACCCUACCACCGCCAGUUACCUACUUUCAUAUGACUCUUUUUUUAACUUAUUUAAAAUUUCCUUUAAUUUUUUUUUAAUGUAUACAUUUGCAAUCUUCACAAAUUUCCUUACAAUUCUAUAGAAGUAAGUCGGAGACAGCCAGACAGUACAGUUAACAUUUAAUUUUUUUGCCAGACGGCACAUUUAACACUUAUGUAUCUUUUAUCCAGUUAAACGUAAAGUACACAUCAAAACAGAGAGAACUCUACAGCGAUGUGGAGACAACCAGGGAGUCCGUCUGCAAGACCAAGGUGACAAUUCUCCGGGGCGUGGCGCCAGGUGAGUUGUAGCCAAAACUUGAAUCAACAGAAUGCAUAGAUGGCUGCAGCUAGAAGAAAUGGAGAUACAUUAAAUUGAGAGUCAUAUAAGCUAGAUGUACGUUGUUAAGACAAAAAGCAUUCCAAGAUUAUGAACAUCCUAUUCCUAAGAUUACUGGUUAUAGGGCAAGCUUUUAUGCCUGGCUAUUUAAAAUUCUGCUUUCAUUUCAUUUUUGUAUCAAUUACGUUCCCUGUUUAGUUUUUAAACUUCCGCUAUGUCAAAUGUACCGUUACAAAUCAAAUCGUAUAUCAAACCUAAACAUUAUUUCACGAUCGACUGAUAUCUCCGUUUCAGGUCUGAACAAACCACUGAAAGUUCCAACAUCGAAUCUGCCACCUUCCUUGGGGAAAUACGUGGAGAUACAACCAGGAAAAUCAAUCCACGAGAGAGAAGACAAGAUGACCGUUAGGUUGGGCAGCGCUCACAGAAUGGACAGAAGCCAUCCGGCCCUUGCAACUGUCACGAGCAAAGAAACUUAUUUCAUUGGUAGGUCGAGUUCUUCAAUGCAUGUGUUUUAAUCAAUAAAUAGGUCAAGUUGUUAAAAUACGAAUUUUUUUAAUGUAUCAGUAGGUCAAGUGACUAAGUUACCAAAGUUUUAACUUCAUGAGUAGGUCAAGUGGGUAAAUUACAAAUGUUUUACUACAUGAGUAGGUCGAUUUCUGAUAAAUGUAUGUGUUUCAAUGCAUAAUUAGUUCAAGUGGUUAAAAUACAAAUGUCUUAAUGCGUUUUUUAAUUGAAUAUAGACAAAACACUUUUUAAAAAUGUCUACAUGCCAAUUAAUCUAAUCGGUCACUCGAAACAUUUCCAAACCAAAUAUGCCAAUGACGUUUUAAGACAGUAUGAUAAUAGAUAAGUAGAUGAUAAUUACAGUGCCCAUUUUUAAGUGCUAUUUUUUUCUGACUGCUGCAUUAAUCGUUUGAUUAGAUUAAUUCAGUCUAAGAGAUUUGACUAAGAGAAAUGUCGUUCUUCCUAAGGUCGUUUUUCCUGUCGAGUCAAACUUGGUGGGAAAGUCUUAGUUCCACGCCAAGACGGCGGAGUUGAGGAAUUCGGAAUCGCAGACAUUGUCAAAGACGUCCGGACUAGGUCAGUGGAGGAGGAUGUCAAGGCCCUCCAGAUCCUGAAUGGUGCUGAUGGUGCCGCUGAAUAUGUCAGGUGGACCGUGGUUGGGACAUGCGAGUUCCAAGGUGAUUUUGAACAGUCCAUCGAGUGGAAAUAACUCUUUGCGAUUUUAUUUGUAUUAAUAUAACUACAUGUAUGUUUACAUUUUGGUGAUUGUAAUAAAUGGAGAGAAAGAAAAAAAAAACGUUAAAUGAAUUGUUAUAAUAUCCCCCAGUCAUUGUCAAAGAAAUUUUAAAAUAAUCAAUUAAUUAUUUUGUGUGUUCAAUUAAAAUAGACAAUCUUAGAUAAAACAAGGGAAGAAAGAAGGAAACAAACAAACAAACAAACAAAGGGGGGGGGGGACAAAGGAAAAACAAAGAAAGAGGU